UUGUUAGCACCACACUGCAUCCCACCAACAGCUGGCCAGGUUCCUCCUGCUAGCCGUACACGAGCAUUCAGCACACCCGUCUCAAGUUUUAAGCCUUUUUGUUGUAUUUCGCGAAUGAAGGGGCGAGAAAAAACGAAGAGACAGACGGACGUGUAGGAAAUACUGGUAGGUUAGCCAGGUCACAUGCCCUUGACUGUGUUUAGCGUCACAGGGAAUUUUACACGAGAGAACACUGGUAAAGCUAAGGUAAAGCUUGUCAACAGCGCACUCAAGGAGCAACAAGCCGUGUUCUACCCAGAGCUUAAUCACUCGCGCAGAUGGCCUGGCUGAGAGAAAGUACAGUAGUCAGCGACAUUCAUCGUGUGGCAGGCAGUCCAUAACCGGGAAGCCACUUCCACCGGGUGCAAACAAAUUCCCGGGACGAAAAAAAAAAGUAAAAAAAGAUUUAGCGGCGUCUCACAAGGCUUGGUAUCUCCCACAGAUGGAACAGGAAUGUACUACUAAGCGGAGCUAGCUCUGUGGCAGCCAGAUUUUACGCGGGAUUUUGAUUUUUUUUGUGUCGCGUAAUUAUUGUGCGUGUGAGCUGACGGUGUCUGGCCGGAUAUUUUCGGCGACCUCACGGGUGCACCCGGGAUUGCGUGCCUGGUGUCUCUAUGCCGCUGGUGUUUUGGAUAUCCCGCAGUGUGUAGCAUCUCAGCUAACGUCGAGAAUUGGACGGGUUUAAAGGGGAGUAUCAAGUCGAUGGCCUUCUCCCUCCAUCCUUCAGCGGCCUAAUUCCGUGCGCGGAGGAAACCCCGUGGGCAAUACACACACCGCCACUGCGCAGACCAAUCUCCCGUCAGCUGAUCUACUCUAGAGAUAUUGCCACGCGUGUCUUCUUUGGAUCGUACUUACCCAGCAUCCGUGCCGGCUGACUGAUGCUACGGAAUUUAUUUAACGUCUUGACAUCUGGUUCCACCGUGCCUUCGAAUAGGGACUCCAGAUACACGACAUAUCUAGCAGGCCCGUGCAUAGAACCGCAGCACUGUUUCCCGUAUACUCACGGUCUCGUACUGAACGCUCACAGAAAAUGACGUCGCCCCGUCUCACGCCCUCUACCGUCACAAUGGCGCUUCUGCUGCAGUUUCUGGUAGUCUCCUUCUCCAGGCUGUCGUGGGCGCAGCAGCUCCCCACGCGAGACGAAGAAAUAUUCCAACUACAAAUGGCCAACCCUGAGUCCGUAGCGGACACCAAGGUUCUUCCGGACGGGGCGGAAACCAAGGGUUACGUUUUCAAAGGCACCCGUAAAUUUUUUUACUUCGUUGUGGAGGAGGAUAACGCACCCGUGGCUAUCACAGUCACGCCGUGCGCCGCUCAACUGGACUGGACAUUGUCACUGAUGGAUCUGCCAGAGGACGGAAGCGGCUCCAGUGACGACCAGUUAAGUGAACAGCGCCCUCGUCGUCAUCCCAACACAAAGUUGGGCACGGUGGUGAAGACGUACGUUGGCUAUGACGUCAGCACGUACGUCACCUACAGCUCCCCAGCCGGCAUCUACACGCUGGAGAUCAAGAGUCCGGAGAAGAGCACGAGCGUGCGGAUUUACGCCACCACCACGCCGGAUUCGGAUCACCUGUAUCCGGAAUUGCCGACUGAUCCCCGACUCGACAUCACCUCCUUCCGCAAGAACAAGGUGUCUCUGGCCUGGAAGCCGAGCCCGUCGGACGUGAUCUACCGUGAGCCCAUCGUGUACUGCGUAGCGCUGAACGCCAGGCAGAAUUACCACACGUGGUGUAGCGUGCAGUCUUGUCUGUACGGGGACCAGCCGCCAGCCCAGCCGGAGCACGCAGGAUUCGGCUUCGAGAGCGAGCGCGCUGAGCGACGUCAGCACCGGCGAGACCGGAAUCGCGAGAGGGAAGGCCGUGGACGGGACAGAGAGGAGGAAGACGACAUCAUCGUCGAGUGUGUGGGAAAGAAAACUCUUCACACAUUCACCAACCUGGAGCCGGCCAAGCGGUACUACUUUGACCUGUUUGCCGUGGACGAAACCAACAACAGAAGCGUCGCGUACAUCGGUACCUCCAUCAUCACCCGACCGGGACCAGAGAUCAGAAAACACAUUACCCUCAAGGACGGUAAGCUUCGCACGUCCUCAGUCCGUAAGUCGUCCCCAGUCAAGACCUUCGACUUUAGCGUCGGGGAGACGGUGCAAGACGUCAUGGUGACGGUUCAGCCCUGCAUUGAGUCCGUGCAGGCCGAAGUUUGGCGGGACGGGACCAAGAUACGGAGUUCGAACAUCCGCAACCUGAAGGACUUCUGGAUCCGCGACAUCUCGGGCGACAUCCAGAUCAAGGUCAAGAGCUUGCGUCGGGGGUCCACGCACUUCCGUAUCUUCGCCACCACCCGGCCUAACAAGUACCCGUUCCCCCGGCUGCCGGCCGAUAAGCGGAUCAAAGUCUUUGAGAACCUGCGGCAGUGCGACUCGGUCACAUUGGCCUGGCUGAGCACCAAGGAGGUGUCCCAGUACUGCCUGUACAAGCGGGUGGAGAAGCAGGCGAAGAAGCCAACCAAGCGAACCCGGGGCCGCAACAGGCAGUGCCUCGAGCCGGACAUGAGGAAGAGAACUGAAAAGGUGAUCUGUCGGCCCGUCAGUGGUCCCGAUGUGGAAAGGGAUGUCCUCAUGGAGGAAAUUAGCGGGCUGACGCCCGACACGACGUACAUCUUCGACGUGUACGUCAAUAGCUUCGGCAAACAGACGCUGGCGUACAGAAGCGCUAGGGUCACGACAAAGAAAGUGUGCUGAUUGGAGAUGUAAAGACUCCUUUUAGGUUGGAGACGUUUUAUCCGGCUGUAGCGUGAAUUGCCGUAUGAACGACGCGGCGCCUCCAGCAAGGGCGCCCUCUGUUUAGUACUGACCACCUGAACGACGACAGCCUCGUGACAGUCUGACUGGCGAGACAAAAAUGACUCGGCUUUUACCCGGGAAGUGACCGAGCGACUCUGACGUUUGUGAUCGAGAGAGGGCGCGAUUGCGAACUGCGACUGGUGCUAAAUCGAUUCACAGGAGGGCGCUAAUGCUAUAUGGACAGGUCAGAUGGAAAGAGCCACGUGCCAUCUUUUUUUUUCAGAGUUAUGUCAGACAAGGGAACAGUUGCUGGAGUUUGGAUGCUGCGUUUUACAAUUCUUGAAAGAAAAGGACAGUAAUACGGUCGUGUAUAUCAAAGACUUGAACCGUAUAAACUUCAUUGCUUAUGAGAAACCUAGUAUUCUUAUUUUGUACUAUAUACUUUUGACUGUUUUGGAACGGGACGCCUUUAUUUCGAACACUGUAAUUUAUAAUAAUGUACAUGUAUAUUGAACCCCGAGAACGAAUGGUUGCCGCGGCUUGGUCUGGAAUCGGUGUAUAUAAUUGUUUGAUGUAAAGAACACGCCAGGAUCCCGCCAUCUCGGCUGGUACCCAGACUUGGUGAUGCCUAAAGGCAAUGGCCUUGUUGCAAGCUAAGUACACUGCCUAAAAUAAAAACAGUUUUAAGUAUAAAAUGUUUACAAAAUGACGUAAAUACGUUUCUCUAUCUUGGUAUUACAUGUGUACAGACUUUUAUUCGUGAAUUGGAUGAGAUGGGAAAAGCUGGUGGUUAUAACAACCAUAUGGUAAAUCAAACGGGCACCGCGACAUCUAAAUACUUUCUUUGGCAAAAACCUAUAGCUAACCAAACUGUCCAUGUACGUGCAUGCUCUAAAUUUCCAACCACUGCUUGAUCCUGUAUCAUUUCCAAAUUAUCAGCGCUUACUCCGCCUGAAACAUUAUGCCUACCUUACAUGUUAUUUCUGUGUCUUUGCUUUGAAUGUGUUUGCUGCCAACUAGCGGCAAAAACUUGUUUGAUUUUCUGCCAAUGCGCACAAAAAUGGGAAUUUUUAGCAGAAGUGCCAUUAAGUAAUCUUGUUUUUACGAAGUCAAGAAUAGUGACUGAUAUUGCUGAAUGAGUUUCUGUGCGCUUGUUUGAUACCUUUCAUGAAUAUAUCAUAUUUGAGCAAUUAAAUGUUGUAAUUCAGGCUGAACUAAAAAAGCGAACUCUAAAAACUCGUCAGUUUUUAACUGUAAAUUCUUACCAUAGCUUGUGCAUAAUAGAAUACCAAUCAUGCAUUGCAUUAAAAAAACAGUCUGGCGUGAUUCUUGACGUUCACUAUAAUUUACUAUUUAUCAUCGUUUCUCAAAGUAUUGUAAAGAUCAUUUUAUAAUGUUUGAAAUUUACAACCUUUAAUUGGCAGCCGAUUGAACUUUUUAAAAAUGUCCUUUAACCUCCAAUUCUGUUAGGAUCAUUUUAUGUAAAUCUGUACAAAAGCACGUUUAAGAACAAUUUCAGCAAAUGUGCCGUAACACAGAGUUAUCACUGAACGUUCAAUUAUAUAUAUUUUGUAUUUUAUUUUAUGUAGUUGCAUUAUUGUUUUUGAUUUGUUAUUGCGUUUCAAUUUUUGUACGUAAUAACUAAUUUCAACGAGUUUUCGAAAUUCAUUCGUUGUAACAAUUCAAAUACAUGUGUUUCGAAAAUUGUGAUUCGAGGAGCCUGCCUACCUUACGAACUUUUAUUCACCUUUUAUGUGUUUUCUGUUUAAUUAAGCAACACGUAAAAAUAAAUUAUAUUCCCGAAUCUGUGGUCACGUGAUAGGUAUUAUUCCUUUCUUUAUUACCAUUUUAUUUCUUUUUCUCAAGUAAUCACCUUGUGUUCAAUGUAUAAAGUGUGAAGAACCAGUUCAAAUGAAAUUGUUUUAAAUGUGUACAUGUGUUUGAAAACCGUGACUUAAAAUAUAAAAGUUGCUUAAAUUUA